GCAAUCGACAUUUUUUAAUAAUUCACGGCCAUCAUCAGCAUGUACACUCCGCAUCGUGAGCAGUUCCUUGUCGAUGGACGCCAGCAAGAACGGAGACAUUUUCACCAUCCUCGCUGGUCGCCUUUUCAACCCUAACAUUGAAGAUUUCGUUGCGAGUCAACUCAUUGUCGUAUCGAAAAGAACUGAGCUGAUUGUCGAUGUGCAUGACUACAUCACUGGCUCUGUCGACAUCGAUUUACGCCAUCUCACGGUUUUGCCUGGAUUCGUGGACGCUCAUGUUCACAUGUUCCUUCAUUCGUAUGCCGAGACAUCGUGGAUGGACCAGCUAACGAAGGAGAGUCUUGCUGAACGCACCAUCAGGGCUACUGUUCACGCCAGAAAGACCUUGCUGGCAGGAUUCACGACAGUUCGCGACCUGGGAACAGAAGGAGCGGGCGAUGCUGAUCUCGCCUUGCGUCAAUGCCUUGCUGGCCCGAAUCCUAUCAUUCCUGGCCCAAGAUACUUCUGCGCUAAUCGUGCUCUCGUUGCCACUGGAAGCUAUGGUCCGAAAAGUUCGAUACAUCCACACAGUGAAGGAAUAGAAGGCGUUACUGGAGCAGAGGUCGCUGAUGGCAUAGACGAAUGCGUCAAAGCCGUUAGAAGACAGGUCGGAGCUGGCGUAGAUUGGAUCAAGAUUUAUGCAGUAUCAGACUCUUCUGUGCGUUCUAGAGUCGCGCCUGUCUCUCCUGUCAUUGGAGCUCGUGCCAUACCUACUUUCACGUACAGCGAGAUCAAAGCUAUGGUUGAUACUGCACGCGCCCUGGGUGUCAAAGUCGCUGGACACGCCAAGACAGCAGAAGCGGUAUCAAAUCUUCUCAAUGCUGGCGCGGACUCCAUCGAACAUGGCUCUCAAAUGUACAAGGAUGUUUCUUUAAUGGGCGCGUUCUGUAAUUCGCAGUCAACAAUGUGGAAUCCUACCCUUGCUGUUUAUCAUUCCAUGCGGCACGACAGUCCCCAGGGAUGGGAAGACGUUCAGACCUCCUUCCGGCAAGCGUUAGCGAUGGGUAUGGACAAUAUCGCAUGUGGAGGGGAUACAGGUCCAUUCCCUCACGGAGAUAAUGCUCUGGAGAUGAAGUUGAUGGUCAGACUUGGUGCACCGUGGAAAACGGUACUGAGAUGGGGCACAUUAGGCGGUUGGAAGUGUAUCAGACCGAUAAACAGGGAGGAGGAUCAGAAUGGAGGCGCGGGAGAUAAUGAUAUUCGGUUUGGCAGCGUCGAAGCUGGCUGGGCAGCUGAUUUAGUCGCAUUGGAAGGGAGCUUGGAAGAUGAUUUCGAAGGAACUUUGGAUAAGGUGAGCUUCGUGAUGAGGGGAGGGAAAGUGUACAAGUUGGAUGGAAAGGCGGUAGAUCUUUGACAGUAAGCUUGUGUUGAUGUAAAAUUACGAGUUUUCUGAUGUGUAUUUUUUUGAUCAAAGUGUUUAAGAACGUUCAACCGGUUCCUCGUGUCAAAGUACAAGAUGGAAAAAGUCAUAAAAGUCAUUACAGCCAAUGCAAUGUCUUAUUUUAUGGUGUCCUACCACCGCCCCUAACACACAGCCAACCACAACCAGGCGCAGCUCAUUAUCCGGAUCUAAUCCCUUCAAAACGUUUGUCCGGGUUCAAGCCACAUUCAUGAAGCGGAGGUA